AUGGAGGAAAAAAGCGAAGGCGACGGCGACAAAAACCUAGGGCUUGCAAUCGAGGGUUCUUCGGGAGAGGCUCCUCUAGGGACGGCGGGCCCAUCAGAUCCUCCACCGCGGGAAGCUUCUCUGCGUCUGGCGGGUUCCGGGGAGUCAAGUCCGAAAUCGUAUGCUCAGAAGGUUCGGGAUGUCUCUACCAUUGGGGAUGAGAUUACGGUGGAGAUGGAGAUAACGGAUGGGGUUGCGGACAUUAAGAUUCCGGAGGAGGUGUUUGUUGAUGCAGUGCCUUUGUGGGAGAGCUUCUUAGUGGGCUAUUUCAUGGGGGAUGCGCCACAUAUUGGCACCAUUCACUCCACAGUGAACCGUAUUUGGGGAUCUCCGAGUAAUGGGGCUAAGAUUGAUGUCCAGUUCAUCAGUAAGCGGACAGUUCUGUUUCGAAUUGACAACGCUCAGAUGCGUGCUCGUGUUCUAAAGCGUCGUUACUGGUACAUUGGGGAUGUUCCUUUGGCAGUAAAUGAGUGGAACCCUGAGACAGCUCAGUCACCGCCGGACCUUACUGCUAUGCCUCUCUGGGUGGAUUUCAGAGGUGUUCCUGGAUACCUCUACUCUCAGAAAGGUCUCAGCUUUCUGUCUCGUGCAGCAGGGAAAUUUGUGAAGCUUCAUCCUCAGACGGAGAGGUGCACGAGGCUGGAUGUCGCACGAGUCUUGGUGGAAGUGAAUUUGCAGAAACCUUUGGUCCAUAAGCUUAGCUUCAAGGACAGAGAUGGCUGCGAUGCAUCUGUUGCGAUUGAGUACCCGUGGCUUCCACCUUAUUGCAACCUCUGUAAGAGAUGGGGUCACGUGGAAAAAGAGUGUGAUGCUAAGAUUACGAUCAUUCAGAGAACACAAGAGAGCUUGGGGGGAAAAGAACAGGGGCUGGAGAGUAGAGAAAGGGAGGCCGUGACUGGAAAAGAGAUCGUUUUGGACCUGAUAAAGGAGUUGGAGAACACAAACGUUGUUGCCUCAGUUGGGCUAAAGGAGGCUGUGAGUAAGAACGCUGGAGAUGGCAACAAUACAGGCGAUUUGGGGAAGACUGAUGAUGGCAAUCAAUGGAAAACCCCGGACCAGCGGGAAAGAAGUAUCUCUCCUCCUGGUCAGAAAGUAACAAAUGAGGAAAAGGGGAACUCUGUCUCCUCGUCCAAUGGUUUUGAGGUGCUACAAAAUAUACAGGAGGAAGGGGAAAUAAUGGAUGACGAGGAGAGUGAGGAAGAUGGGGGGGGAGAGGAGACGAAUGUGGUGGGGAAAGUUGAUGGCGGGAAGAGUGAAAAAGCAAGGGAGCUGGAGCCGGGUACCAAGCUCAAUGGUAUGGGAGCUAAUCGUGGCAGGAAGCAAAGUAGGAAACCAAUAGUAAGUGCAAAAGCCUUAAUGCAAGCGCAGAAUCAAAGUAAAAGAGCUUCCUCUCGGAAGCACUGA